GCCGCCCGCGGCUGCCAGGGCGCGUCCCCCUUGGGAAAUUAGGCGUGGAGUCGGGGCCCCCGGUCGCCUUCAAAAAGCGGUCCUCCCGCCCGCCGCGGCGCACUCCGUAACCUGGCUGCGGGCGCCGGGCGGGAUGCCGCAGUGAGCCGCCGGCCAUGGGGGGCGCGAGCGCCUGCAUCCCGCUCUGCCUGCUGCUGCUGCUGCUGCUGCUGGCCGCGGCGCAGCGGGCCCGGCCGCAGAGCCCGGAGAGACCUGUUUUCACAUGUGGCGGCAUUCUUACCGGAGAGUCUGGAUUUAUUGGCAGUGAAGGUUUUCCUGGAAUGUACCCUCCAAAUAGCAAAUGUACUUGGAAAAUCACAGUAAGCACUUAUUUUAAAGGUCUUCUGGGCGUGGGUACUGGAAACAGCGCACAUAG